ACAGACCAUGUUACAUAGCGGUGGAGUAAUGCAGAGUAGAAUGCUAUCCAGUUCAGUGUAUUGCCCUUCUACGACGUAGCUAUUGCAAGUUGGUCCGUACUCUGCAUCGGCGUGGUAAUAUUGAAGUAAGAAAUGAACCUGUAAAUGUUCAUUGACAGCUCUAUCUUGUAUGGGUUCAUAUAUUACUAUGUACAUCAUAUUGUUUUACGUGUUGCUAUUUAAACACUAUUAUAAAAGAUAGCAUUUAUAUUAACUAUUAGAAGCCGGCAAGCUAGCUUAUUUUCUUUACCUAAAAUAUUGAACAACCUCAACAUCCCUUUCAGUUGUUCUAAUACACUGCAAGUGCUCUGAAGACAUAUUUUCAUAAAUACUUGCAACCUAAUUCAUCUAACCUAUUCUUAGCACUGCUUUCCUUAAUGACAAUGAACCCCAAGAACGAAAAUGUGUUGACACAAGUCCCGAAGGCGUGGUACAGUGUGAAAAGCUAUAGGCAGUCAUGUUUAAUAAUGGCGGCUUCCAGUAGUAUUUAUUUUGUUCCUCUAUUAAGCCUAGUACACAGCGCUUUGGAGACAAAUAAAUACCUGUGACCUAUAAAUACGAUCCGAUCUUAACAUUGGUGUUUUACAGUCAAACAAAAGGAGUUUGAAUCACUACCAAGUAUGCUAAGUCCAUAAUAAGUGGUCAUGUAUGUCACUUAUAUCAUUGUUAGUGUGGGUUGAGGAUACCUAUAUAAAUGUUGUGUGUACUCCGUGAUGUAGCUGGAAACUGACCUAUCAAGAGCAACGUAGCUUUCAAUAAUACUAAAAUACCCUAAACACUCGAAAAUUUCUCCAGAUUCUUAAUUCAAGCUUUCGGUACAAGCCACUUAAGAGGUGUAAAGUUUAUCUAAGUAUUCGGAAGGUCAAUCGUCUCGUUUUUGCUGGACAUAACUGUCUCCCUUGGGUUUAUUUAUGCGGCACAAAUCAGUUCUAGUAAGUGGUUGUUUGAACUCUAGGAGCCCAGUUGGGGACUCGGAGUGUAUACGUAAUUGACAUUUUUGUUAUCCCUAACCAGUUAUAGAGUUAAUUUGAAAUAUGUAUCCACUGUGCUUACUCAUUCUGAGGUGAUAGUCACAACUCAACGGCAUCCCAGGAAAUUCUGGUUGUAUAGUCGAAUUUUCCUGUCUUACAACUCAAGCUACGUAAUAACUCAAGCUUAGCUGUUAAGGCAUUCGUCUUUCAGCCACUAGGUCUCACACCCAAACCUUACUUCACUUACUUUGUUUUGGGCAGUAUCAUUAGAUCUCACAAUUAAAGUGUAGCUCAUACCCAAGUACUUGGUAAAUGAGUUGACUAUUUGUUUUCUUAUCCACUGAGUAGUUAUAUUUGAUAAUAGAGGAAUAAAAUCAAGAACAAUUUGAACAAAACCUAUCACUUGUCGGUCCUAAAUUCACUUGACAAGUUCAGACAAAGGAUUUAACGUCUGACCAGUGAUUGUCUAUUAGGAUGUAUUGAUAAACACCAUAUAAUGAUGUAACUAGGACUUGUCAAUCCAGCAACACUACCCAUUCAUUUUUUAAAUAAGAUUUCCUAUAACCAGAAACCUAAGCUUAUUGUUUGCUAGAUAAAUUUAUCGUCGUUGUUCAUAGACAUUUUUUUUCCAUUUUUAGGUCUUGAUAAAAUGAUUCACUUGUAUUUAAAACGUCAAAGCAACAUCAUAGAUAAUGAUUCCAACCUGGAAAAGAACCGUGAAAAACUAUGUCGUUUGUUAGAGACUGCCAGAUCACAGAAUUCUGGUAAUACAGUCGUCAAAAAGCUGAAGGGAUCUGCAUCGCGUAAGAUUCGUUCAACCGUAUCACAAAGUUUCACGAAGCACACACGCCGGGUUCCAGGCUUGAAUGCUAAGUCAGAAAAAAUCCCUGUUGAUCACUGGCCCUCGUCAGAAAAUGGCUUUUUCUGUUUACUUAGAGGAUUUCUUACACAUGGGGGUGUACGGAGGAGAUUAACUACAGCUCAGAUUUGUGAAUAUGUUCGUGAAUGGCAGGUUUGCAAUCAAAACAGGUUAAGAACGGUUGGGAGAGGUUGCAGCUGGAUCGAUCGGGUUGAAGACUGGUCUUCUGUAACUCAUCAUGCAUUAGAUUUUCUUACCGCAGAAAGUUCACCCGAAAGUGUCAUACGUAACAGUUCUCGCCGGCUUGUAUGUCCGAGACCGUUUGUUAGUUUAAAACCGCGCAUUCAUCAGUGGUGUUGGCUCCUGUGCCCCCCAUCAGAAAUAAACCCUAAAGUCGACCAAGAAUGGAUCCAAAAAUUUGAACUGGAAACCAGAGAGUUGACGGGUUUAUUUUCUGACUGGCUUCGAGCUCCUCGUGGUCUUGGUGGGUUGACAGAUGCAGUUUUGUCGAUAACAGACUCCUUGCUUUUGAGUAGGAGGAAUAAAGUCAAAUCCGUUAAGAAUACAAAUCCUUCAGUUAUGGAAAAACAGUAUUCUGGAGGAUCUGAUGGUGACGGUGAUGUAGAAGACUCAGAAAUUGAUGAAGGUCAAAGAUGUUUACGAAUAGAUGAUUGCCAAGUUGAGUCAGAUGAUGGCGAUAAGAAAAGUGGAGACAUCCAAAAGAUUAGAAGAAACAUUUCAUCAAAACACUCUCAACAGUCAAUAUCCCAUGAAGAUAAUCGACUUUAUUCCGACGAUGAUAUCCCUCCACCACUCUAUCCAACUAGAUGGAAACUCCGACCAUUUUCAAAGGAAGAGAAGGCUGAUUUUCAAUUGCAAGAAGCUGAACGUUUUUCUCAUCCAUGGUCUCCAUUUGUUUAUCACAUACAAAACUACUGCGCUGUAGUUGGACCGUUACGCUCAGCUCCAAGUGCUUUAAGUCAUGACUUAGUGUUGUAUAAUUCUGGUCGUAAUUGGUCUGGUAACUCAAAGGCUAGAGACCAUCCUCUACUGCGGCUUGACCGCCCUAUGUUUGUAAGUUUGGCUGAAAUUGUCCGAGACGCUGUGGCUUGUUUGCCCAAUGGAGAAGGUACUCGUGCAGAUAUCACCACCCUUGUACAGAAUAGCGGUUUUUUAUUACCGAAUGUCAAUCCACGCCAGUUACAACAAUGUGUCAGUUCUGCGUUGGAUCGAUUACAAGGUGAAACUUCUGAUCCGUCGGUCUACUUUAAUAACAAUCGUCGUAUGUGGAUUUAUCGUCACAGAAAUAGGACUGUUGAAAAGUUUGCUGAACUACACGAAGCAAGAUGUGCUGUUAAUGAAACCAAGAAAAUUAUUCAACGUGGUGGUAGUACAUCUGUUCUGAAUAUUAACCAAACAGUUAAACCUACUAAUAAAUUAAUUCCUGACAAGUAUCCAGAAUAUUCUAGCAAACAAAAUAAUUUACGACAUAAUUCUUCAAAAUAUUCUGGACGUUAUCAUAAUCAUCAUCACAGUGGCAGACAUAUUCAAUCGGGUUAUAUCAGUCGAGAUUAUGGGUAUAUGGAAUUAAACAGAAACUAUUCAUUUAUUGAUGAUGAUCAUAUACCUGAUAUUGAAGAAUUAGAGGCAGCUGAUGAAUUCAAUAUGAUGGAAUAUAAUUGUACAUCUGCUAAUUAUUCAGUGAAUUCUAAUAAUGUCAAAGGUCAUAUUGGUACAGUGGUUGAUAACACUGAGUAUGAUGAUGAUAAUGAAAUGGAUGAAGUGGAUUAUGAAAAUGAAAUUCUAAGUGCUUGGGACGAUGAUAAUUCUACCGAUCGAAUAAUCAAUCCUCCUACUGGUCAACAACGAGGCAAUCAACAAUUCAACAAAAUGCCUAGAUACUUGGAUCCAUUUCAGUCAAGAAGUCCAACAUCAUUUAUAUUGCCAUCAAAUAAUUACUCUCAGUCAACCAGUAAUUACAAACAAUCACGAUUAAAUGAUUCUAAUUAUUCAUCGAAUUCGAAACGAAUUCAUAAAAACUACACAACUGCUACUGCAGAUGAUGAUGAUGACGUUGAAAUUGGAAACUAUAUUAUUGACAGUGAAGAGAUAAACGAGGAAUAUUUCUAAGCUUUCUGAAUCAUUAUCUAAUUAAUGAUGUGUAAAUAUCUCAUAUCUUUUGAAAAUCUCAUUUUGAUAAAGUGAUUUGUUUUUUUUUGUUUGUUCUAACUGCAAAUAGAUUUCCUCCAUCUUUUUAAUUUCUUUGGAAUUUCAAAAAGAGUAAACAACCCUGAUAUUUCUUAAUUUCUAUUCCAUUCCUAACAUUCAUUCAUGUUUAACUUAACAGCAAUUAAAAUGUAAAUCAAAAUUUCAUUUGUACAAUUAUUUGACCUACCUACAAAUAAAUCAGUAGUGUCGAUGAAUUAUCGGUCAGUUUAGUUGUUUAUUAACCAGCGAAAUAUUUCCAUGUUCAAAAGCCGAUAAGUGGAGUCAGAAUUUGUUAGCGGGACAGAUUGGAUUAAAGCAUGUUCCAUGCACAAUUGCGUUGCUGCACACUGAUUGGCUCAUUCUUAUCCAAUCAGCGCUAGCCGAUACUUGGAGAAGACUCGAGAAUCUUAUGUAAAAACUAUAAAUAUACUAACGCUUUUCUUAUUGUGCUUCUUGCUUCCAUCUACCCUUGUUAUUUGGAAUAUAAUCUCUUUUUCCUGUUC